AUGCGUAUCGCCAUCCUCAUCGGCUUCAUGCUCGCCGUUCUCGUCGCCACCGUUGCAGCUGGCUCGGGCAAGCCCUCCCUCUGUGAUUUGUGCCGCGAUGGGUACAACAGCUGCAUGGGCGGCUGCAAGAAGUACAAGGACGACAAGGAAUGGUGCGAGAAGACGUGCGACUGCCAGGUCAGCGAGCAGGACGAGUGCGAGGCUAAGUGCGGCUAUGGCACUUCUCCUUUCUGCUGA